GUACGAUUGUCCAACUUCAGGCCUGUAGCCCAACUUGGUCGAAUACAUGGAUUUUCGCAAUGUGUCCAUUGUAUUAGUACCGGGUUGUGACAAUUUGGCGACAGAGUUGGGAUGGAUCAAGACGGUGUUUUUACAGUCAAAAGAACGUGAGCAAUUUGGAGCCACUCGGUUACACAUGAUCUGGAUUUCAGCAGACACUUAUCUGUCCAGCCAAGUAGAGAUUCGGCACUUAAUCAUGAUCGAGACCGUCACUCGACAAUUAAAUUUUCAGCCGACAGUCCUCAGGCAAUUACGAAUGAUCGGGACAGUCACUCGACAUUUGGCUCUACAGUCGGCAGGUGCCAAAAUACCGAAGAGCCUUCAGAUGACGCAGCAAUCAACAAUGGCUUACAGCAAAUGUUCCGUGCUGCAAAUAAGGGACAGCAACAGUCCUACUUCCCUUGCAACUGCAACAAUCCAGAAGACCCUCAAGAAUGUCAUGCCAUUAAAACUUUUCUUUGCGAGGAAGGUGUUAGGAUUAGACCAAUCCUAACUACCCCAACCAUAGUGAUCAUCGAUCAACCGCUAUCGAUCACUGUAUUGAACACUCCGUCAUAGUCAGAGCAGCGUUCGCAUUCGGCAUCAUGGGCUGACGUAGUACGGUUGUCCAACUUCAGGCCUGUAGCCCAACUUGGUCAAAUACAUGGAUUC